UGACCAUGGAUGGAUACUUGUACGCUAUUGGAGGACACGAUGGUAUUGCAGCCAUAAAUACUGUGGAGAGGUUCGAUCCAAAGAUGAACGCAUGGAGCAAGCAGGCGCCCAUGCUAUCAAGACGUGCCGGAGCUGUGGCUGCUGUGUUGGGUGACCACUUGUAUGUGAUUGGAGGCAACGAUGGAGUCCUGGCUCUCAACUCAGUGGAAAAAUACAACCCUGAAGACGGCUCCUGGUCGAUAUGUGCCCACAUGUCGACCCCCAGAGAGAACGCAGGGUGCGCAGUGUACCUGGGUCAUAUCUAUGUGGCUGGAGGUAGAGAUGACCUCGGUUUGUGUCUGUGCUCAGCGGAGCGCCUCGACCCGGACACCACAAGGUGGACUCCUGUCAAACGCAUGAGAAGCAAAAGGGACAACGCGUCUCUUGUCGUGUUCAAUGGUGCUUUGCUAGCUGUGGGGGGCACUGAUGGAGUCUCGGACUUGAAAACAAUAGAAGUUUACAAUAGUGAAAGCAACACAUGGAGACACUUUGGAAGUAUGAAGAGCAAGCAUCCAGGAGGCAGAGUCACCGUGCUUUACAGAGACCCAACAAUGUAGUGUUAUUACAAGAGCAGGACAGAACUGAUAGAGAAAAGAUAGCCUAAUGGAUGCCUGUGCCACGCUUCAGGACGUGCUGUGAUAAGCUUCAAGCCCUGGCAACGUAAUGACUGAAUAAUUGAACAGUUUGCUCAAAAAUGAG